UGAAAUUUUGAUGGUAGAACGAUGAGAAGAUGCAUGAAAUCGGCGGCAUUGGUACUGAAAACAUGGGACUAGCUAAUAGUUACAUAAUGGAAGGUGGUGUUCGAUGGAUCUGCCCGAAACAGUGUAGGAACGUAAAAUGUGGGGGUUACCUUCUCUGUUGAAAUUUUGAAUGGCAAAACGACGAGAAGAUGCAUGAGAUCGGCGGCAUUGGUACUGGAAACAUGGGACUGGCUGAAAGGAGGUGCUCGAUGGAUCUGCCCGAAUCAGUGUAGGAACGUCAAGUGUGGGGGUUACCAUGCAUCUAGCUGCAUUCGCUCCCAGCCGUGCGUUCACCACCCACCACGCCAGCAGCGCCACAUCUCGUUUCCUUUCUUGUUCACUAGACCAUUUGAUUCCUUCCCUUCUCCUCCUUGUUCCUCCCAAGGACCCAAGUAGUUGCAGGGGAAAGCAGAGAGGGGAGACAAAUGGUGAAGAUCUGCUGCAUCGGCGCGGGCUACGUGGGCGGCCCGACGAUGGCGGUGAUCGCGCUCAAGUGCCCGGACGUGGAGGUGGUGGUGGUGGACAUCUCCGAGGCGCGCAUCGCCGGCUGGAACAGCGACCGCCUCCCCAUCUACGAGCCCGGCCUGGACGACGUCGUCAAGCGGUGCCGCGGCCGCAACCUCUUCUUCAGCACCGACGUGGAGCGGUACGUGGGCGAGGCGGACGUCGUCUUCGUCUCCGUCAACACCCCCACCAAGACCCGCGGCCUCGGCGCCGGCAAGGCCGCCGACCUCACCUACUGGGAGAGCGCCGCGCGCAUGAUCGCCGACGUCUCCCGCUCCGACAAGAUCGUGGUCGAGAAGUCCACCGUGCCCGUCAAGACCGCCGAGGCCAUCGAGAAGAUCCUCGCCCACAACGGCCGCGGCGUCCGCUACCAGAUCCUGUCCAACCCGGAGUUCCUCGCCGAGGGCACCGCCGUGCGGGACCUCUUCGCGCCCGACCGCGUCCUCAUCGGCGGCCGGGAGACCCCCGAGGGCCAAGCCGCCGUGAAGGUCCUCAAGGACGUGUACGCGCGCUGGGUCCCCGAGGACCGCAUCAUCACCACCAACCUCUGGUCGGCCGAGCUGUCCAAGCUCGCCGCCAACGCCUUCCUCGCGCAGCGCAUCUCCUCCGUCAACGCCAUCUCCGCGCUCUGCGAGGCCACCGGCGCCGACGUCACCGAGGUGGCCUGCUCCAUCGGCAAGGACUCGCGCAUCGGCCCGCGCUUCCUCUCCGCCAGCGUCGGCUUCGGCGGCUCCUGCUUCCAGAAGGACAUCCUCAACCUCGUCUACAUCUGCGAGUGCUACGGCCUCCCCGAGGUGGCGGACUACUGGCGGCAGGUCAUCGGCAUCAACGACUACCAGAAGAGCCGCUUCGUCAACCGCGUCGUCUCCUCCAUGUUCAACACCGUCGCCGGGAAGAAGGUGGCCGUGCUGGGGUUCGCCUUCAAGAAGGACACCGGCGACACGCGCGAGACGCCGGCCAUCGACGUGUGCCGGGGCCUGCUCGGGGACAAGGCCGUCGUCAGCAUCUACGACCCGCAGGUGACGGAGGAGCAGGUGAGGCGCGACCUCGCCAUGAACAAGUUCGACUGGGACCACCCGCGCCACCUGCAGCCCGUGGGCGAGCCCGCCGAUCAGCCCGUCGCCGUCACGUCGGACGCGUACGAGGCCGCCCACGACGCGCACGCCGUCUGCAUCCUGACCGAGUGGGAGGAGUUCAGGAACCUCGACUACAGGCGCAUGUAUGACCUCAUGCAGAAGCCGGCUUUCGUCUUCGACGGCCGCAACAUCGUCGACCCGGAGAAGCUCCGGGACAUCGGAUUCAUCGUAUACGCCAUUGGCAAGCCGCUUGAUCAGUGGCUCAAGGACAUGCCAGCCGUCGCCUCCUGAAAGGCGAUGCACACUGAUACAUAGCCGCGCGUCGGCGAGCGCUCUUCUUCUCGAUUAAUACAGAGUUUUGUAGCCCUCGUAAGCCUUGUCAAAAGGUGUAGAAUACUAGUUUUGCUAUUGAGUUGUAUAUAUAAGAUUCUUUAUAUAUCCGGGAACUAAGCCUGGCUCAGCCGGUUAGAUUCUUUGCGUGUUUCUAAAGGAAAGCUUUUAUAUCUAACCCUCUUGUAUCUGUGUUGAAAUU